AUGUUGGGACAAAUAAAAGCAACAGUGAAUAAGAAAGUGAAUCAAGUGGGAUCAGCAUCUUCUCAAACUCCUCCUCCUCCGAGUACACCAAAAAAUCAUAGAAGGAAAAAGGGAAGACAUGGGAAUAGAAGAGGAGAGAAAGGUGAAAAAGGAGUUGAACCGAAUUCCGAUAAACCAGGAAACAGAUUGAAGAAAGAUGGGAUAAAUAAAAGAAAGGAGAAAGACACUUCGUCACAUACAGAAGAUGAUGGAGCAAGUUCGAGAAGAAACAAAAAGAAAAGUAUGGUUGGAUGGAUUGGGGGAAGUGUCGAUAAAGUGGUCAAUUUGUUCGACAAAGAAAAACGGCCACCAGGACAAGUAAUUGACAAUAAACCGGAUCCAAAGUAUUGUGCUCAAAAGAUAUUACAAUCAGAACGCCCGGAUCUGUUUGCUGGAAUGAAUGCAGUUGAUUUAUCAGCUGAAGAAUUCCAAUUACUCGAUGAAUACAUGUUAAGAAAAGGAGAACUUCGUACGGAUAGCAUGUUCACUUUAGGAAAAGUUGUGGAUACUGAUAGUAAAAUCAAGGUUGGAAGUGGUGAUGAAAUGGAAGUGUUGUUACUGUGGUCAUAUGGAAGAUUCGGAGCUGUUUAUAUGACUUUGAAGGAGACGGAUAGUGAACAAGAAAGACGUGGAAUGUCGAGUUGUUUUGCACUGAAAACAUCUCGUCGAAUUAAUGCAUCUACUCGUAUUAGUCAUGAAAUUAAAAUGCUUACAUCGAUUUAUUCGAAUACUCGUAAAACUGGAUAUCCAACUCGAAUAACUCCAAUGUUCUUUCAUGGACAAACUGGUGGAACUCCUUAUUUAAUGAUGCCAAUGCUUGACUGUUCUCUUGAAAGGAUUCGCCAAGAAAUCGGAUAUAAACUUCCAUGGAGUGAUGCAUUUUAUAUUGGACAAGAAGCAUUGGUUGGAAUAAAAGAGUGUCAUAUUUAUUCGAUAAUUCAUCGAGAUAUCAAACCAACUAACCUAUUACUGGGGGUUCAAAAUAAUAAGAUUUGGUGGUUGUGUGAUUUUGGAGAUGCUUCUCGUAUUGGAGUUGCACAAUAUUUAAGUACUCCUGAUUCAAUGACACUUCCAUUUUUAUCUCGUGACGGCCAUCGAGCAACAGCACAGUUGAUUCCAGCAAACACUCGAAUGGAUAUUGAGAGUUGGUUUUAUAUGAUUCUGGAUUUAUUUGUAUCUCUUCCAUGGAAAUUAUUCACUGAAGAAGCUGAUACACUCGCAGCAAAAAACACCUUUUGGUCUUCAAUUGAUUCAUUUUUCACGAAAAACGAUGAGAAACUUCCGGAUCAAUUGAUAGUCUUGGCGAAAAUUGUGUCUGGAAAUCUGAACGAAUCCACUUAUUCCAAAAUCUCUGCAGUUUUGAAGGAAGGAUUUCACAAGCAUCUAGAAGAUUCUCCGUGGAAACCAAGUUGGAUAACAAAGAGAAAGCCACGUCAGAUGUAUCCAACAAAGAAAAAUAGAAAGAAGGAGGCACAACAAACGACGAAUAAAUCGAUGAAAUCGAGGAAGAAGUCUAGAAAACGACUGUUGUAG